CGGCUACGAGCAUCAAAGCAACGACGCAACGACACAACUGUUGUCAUCCGCGAAAGCCACCAAUCACUCCACCAUAAAACGCCAGCACUACCGAGCUGUUUGAAAUUCAUUGGAAACUAGAAUGAAGCUUUCGUCCUGCCUCAUGAUGGCCGUCGUCGGUAACAUGAUGCGCUUGUCCCGUGUUCGCGGAUUCGGCGUCGCCAGGCGACAGGUGACGAGCAUGGCUCCGGCGCGGGUCAUCGGCGACGCAAAGAUGCACUCGUUCUACGGUUUACCGGGGGGAAAUACUGCCGUCGCCGUUGUCACACGGGGAUCAUCGAUUUUGUACAUGUCGACUGCAUCGUCUCCAUCGAUGCCUUCGGUUGCCAUCAAGAGCAUCGGUUUCGUGGAAGAGGCCGUCUUGGAAGCCAUGAACGAAUUGUUCGAUCCCGCCGAGGUUGCUAGAGGCGCUGCACUUUCCAAAUUGAACAAACCAAAGAAGAAGAAAAAAAAGAAAAAGAAAAAGCAGCCAGAAGCUGACGCCGCGCCGGAACCACCGGCCGAACCUGAAAUGAGCGAGGAAGAAAAGCAAGCCAUAGGUGAUGCCGCAGCCGCAGCGGCCAAACCAUUUUCAUCGUCCGAUACAAUGGUCACUCUGGCAACGAAAUCAGAGUUUGGAGACUACCAGGUAAACGCCGCUAUGGGGCUGGCAAAAAAUGUUGGCAUGAAUCCUCGCGAGUGCGCCGCCAAAAUCGUCGAAAAGAUACUCCCAAAGAUCGAGGGCUGCAUGGAAGAACCCGAAAUCGCCGGGCCUGGCUUCAUCAACCUCCGAUUCAAAAAAGACUAUCUGACGGCUGCAGUCCAAGCCAUGGCCGAAGAUGCGGCGGGGCGCUUGGCACAACCGAAAAGUUCCAAACCCCAAAAAAUUGUCGUGGAUUUUUCGUCCCCCAACAUUGCCAAAGAGAUGCACGUCGGGCAUCUGAGAUCUACCAUCAUCGGUGACACCCUGAGCAACAUGCUCGAAUUCACCGGUCAUGAGGUCGUGAGAUUGAACCAUGUCGGUGACUGGGGUACACAAUUUGGUAUGCUCGUUGAACACUUGCGGGACGAGUAUCCGGCCGCCCUCAACAUCGAAACGUCGCAAGACGUCGACCUUGGGAACCUAGUAGAACUCUACAAAGCCGCUAAAAAGAGAUUCGACGUUGAUGAAGACUUUAAAACACGUGCCCGAGAGGGAGUUGUCAAGCUCCAAGCCGGCAACGAAGAAGAACUCGCGGCGUGGAAGGCUCUCUGUGCUGCUUCCCGGGUGGAGUAUCAGAAGAUCUACGACGUCCUGAACAUCGAGGGUCUCGAAGAAAGGGGCGAGUCCUUUUACAACCCCUAUCUGAAUGGCGUUGUUGAAAAUUUGGAGGAACAAGGCCUUGCCGUUCAAAGUGAGGGCGCUACUGCCGUGUUCCUCGAUGGAGUAAGUGCGACAAAUUGCUACCUUUUUUCUGUUUAUAAUCUUUUUGCGAACCAGUGUAGAAUCGCGAACACCUUUGGUUUCUCUCGGACAGGAAAAGCCUACCAAGCCACCCAUCUCAAUCACAAAAGCUAACGUUGCCCUCUCCCCUUUCUGGAUUCUUUGGACCAUCACACUGUAGUACGAAAACAAAGACGGCAGUCCGCUGCCCAUGUUGGUUCGAAAAUCCGACGGUGGAUUCAAUUACGCAACAACUGACCUGGCAGCCAUCCGUCAUAGAGUCGAGAUGGAUAGGGAGGACGGCGGAGAAAACGCAGACCGCGUCUUGUACGUAACAGAUGCCGGGCAGUCGCAGCACUUCGAGAUGGUCUUCAAGGCCGCCGAGAAGGCAGGUUACGUCCCGGAAUCCUCCUCGCUCGAGCACGUUCCCUUUGGAUUGGUACAGGGCGAGGACGGAAAGAAGUUUGCCACCCGUUCUGGUGACACGGUCAAGCUGAAGGAUCUACUGGAUGAGUCCGUGCGCAUUGCUGGAGACGAUCUCCGAUCCAGACCCGAAAACGAGGGCGCCGACGACGAAACCAUCGAACGGGUUGCGACGGUAGUCGGCGUGGGCGCCGUGAAAUACGCGGAUCUGUCGAUGAAUCGCGAAUCCAACUACAAGUUUAGCUACGACCGGAUGCUGAGCCUGAACGGAAACACCGCUCCGUACAUGAUGUACGCCUACGCACGAAUCUGCGGAAUCAUCCGCAAAUCCAGCCAGCAAGAAACGACGGACAAAAUCGAGUGGCCGGAGGCUUCCGAGAUCAUCAUCACCCACGACGCCGAACUGGAGCUCAUCCGAAAUCUUGUGAGACUACCAGACGUGCUGAACGAGGUCGAGAGAGAUCUGUAUACGAAUCGAAUGUGCGAUUACCUCUUCGAGACGAGUCAAAAGUUUAGCAAGUUUUACGAAAACUGCUCUGUCAACAAUGCCGAAAGUCCGGAGAUCAAGGCAAGCCGAAUGACCAUAUGUACUGCUACAGCAGGAACAAUUCGACUGCUGAUGUCGUUGCUCGGAAUCAAUCUUGUUGAAAAACUUUAAACACAUGGAUCUUAUUCGCCAUUAUCUCUUCAU